AAAACCCUAAAUUCACAAGCUUACCACUUCGUCAUCCAUGGCGGAUCAAAUCAUGUCUUAAAUCAGCAUCUUCGUCUGAAAUCGAUAUGGUAAGAAACAAAGAAGGUAUCUUUGCACCAAAGGAGAAGAAAGUUGUAGUCUUGUGGGACUUAGACAACAAACCACCACGUGGUCCACCGUACGAAGCAGCAACAGCUCUCCGUAAAGUGGCGGAGAAACUCGGGCGAGUCGUUGAAAUCUCCGCUUACGCAAAUCGUCAUGCUUUUAUCCAUUUACCUCAUUGGGUCGUCGAAGAGAGACGAGAAAGGAGGAAUCUUGAUUUCAUGGAGAGGAAAGGAGAAGUGACUCCAAUUGAUCCGUACAUUUGUGGUGUUUGUGGUCGGAAGUGUAAAACCAAUCUUGAUUUGAAGAAACAUUUCAAGCAACUUCAUGAGAGGGAGAGACAGAAGAAAGUGAAUAGGAUGAGAUCUUUGAAAGGUAAGAAACGUCAGAAGUUUAAAGAACGUUUUGUUUCAGGGAAUGAGAAGUAUAAUGAGGCGGCGAGGAGGUUGUUGACUCCUAAAGUUGGAUAUGGUUUAGAGGCGGAGCUUCGGCGAGCGGGUGUUUAUGUGAAGACGGUGGAGGAUAAGCCUCAGGCGGCAGAUUGGGCGGUUAAGAGACAGAUACAACAUUCGAUGACGAGGGGGAUUGAUUGGUUGGUUUUGGUAUCGGAUGAUAAGGAUUUUUCGGAUAUGUUGAGGAAAGCUAGGGAGGCUGAUCUUGGGACUUUGGUGGUUAGUGAUAGGGAUAGAGCGUUGGGACGGCAUGCUGAUUUGUGGGUGCCUUGGAGUGGAGUUGAGAAGGGAGAGAUUGGGGAGAUGGAUUUGAUUCCGGGGAAGAGACCGCGGUUUGAGGAGGAUGAGGAGAGUGAGGUGGGAUUUAGCGGUGGAGAUGCGUUGUUUUCUUUGUCUUAUGAUGAGGUUGAGAGGGCGGAGAUGACGGUGGAGAGUGAUGGGUUUGGGAGGUUUAAUGUAUCGGCGUUUUCGGAAGAUGAAUGGGUAGAGGAUGAAGGAGACUUUGCAUUGAGUGAUAGUGAUGAUGAUAGUGACGAUGAGCUUUUCUGAUUUAUGGCGAUUGAGUUGCAUUUCUAAGUGUUAAUCAUUUUACGGAUAGAGUUCAAAGGAGCUCUGGUUGAUGUAACUGAAAUCAAAAGUAGAACCAUUC